CAAGAGUGAUCGCGAGUGCACGCUCUUCCCGGCCGCGCGGUUCGGCCCUCGGUCGACCAGUCCCGUAUCUGAUCAUCUUUUCUUUUUUCCCAAGCCGUCUUCUUCAAUCUGUUUGUUUCACGCCUGUCCAUCUCCCUGGCGAGACAUCAUUCAUCAUGGGCCGUUUCAAGAAAGCGCUCGUCGGCCAGCUCAAGGCUCUGCGGCCUGCCUUCUUGUCCACGAAGCCACACUUCCAUUUCAUCUCCGUACACUACUUCUACGUCGUCGGGCUCGCCCUCCUUGGAUCCGUCAUUGUCUAUGGAGCUGGCAGGGGCAACAUUGCCUAUAUCGACGCGCUAUUCCUUGCUAGCUGCUCCAGUACCCAAGCCGGCUUAAACACGGUCGACCUCAACCUCCUCAACACCUUUCAGCAAGUUGUUCUUUACCUAUGGCCCAUGAUGGCCAAUCCCAUCACCAUCAACUCCUUUGUCGUGUUCCUCCGGCUCUACUGGUUCGAGAAGCGCUUUCAGCAUAUUGCCCGCGAAGCUCGCCUCAGGAGAGGCACCGUCUCCAAAGCCAAGACGGCUCCCAAGGCGAACAAUGCCGAUCUGGAGAGGGGCGUGAACGGUCGAAAGAUCACCGUCAUGCUCAACGGUGCUCGGUCGCGGAUCACCAACGACGGGAUGCUGCUGGAGGGCACUCAACAGCCGUCUGACGAGCAGCGACUCGACCUCGCAUCUCCGGCCGCAAGGCAGGACGGGGCUGAAGCCUCCGAUGAGGCUUCGGAACCUCGUAGACCGGAGAUCAAGUUUGCCCGCACCGUGACCAAGAGCGAUGGCCUGGGCGAGGACCCCAUCAAGCUCCCACCUGUUGUACGACCCGAUCACGAACACAUUGCUUUUGUCGAGCGCCAGCGCAAGGGGGAUGACGAGGUGCUGCGCAUCCCAAACCCCCGGGAUGCCGAGCGGGGUAUGCGACCGAAGCGCGUCGAGGCCGGGGACGAGGAAGAGGCAGAUGUUCCUCCCCGGUCAGCAGCAGCAGCAGCAGCAGCAGAGAGGUACGCCGAGCCUCUGGGGAACAGAGCCGACAGCCGUCAGCAGGCCAUCACGAUCGAGGAGCCGGAUCGGAACAAGCUGCAACAAUACGACUCGGACGACCUCAUCGAGACUGCCAGGGGCCCCCGACACGUCUUCUCCUUCCUCAAGUUGCCGAGACCUCGAUCUCUCAGCCGGAUGACUGGGAGGUUCCAGAGUAGCGAGCCUGGGCCGAGUGGCACCGCCCGGCCCGGGGCCCAACGCAGGCAAUCGAUCCAGUCAAUCCGGACGGCAUUCUCGAGGGAUAGGGUCGAGGGCACGCCGUAUCUCAGCUGGGAGCCGACCGUUGGCCGCAACUCGGCUUUUCCAGACCUGACAGAGGAACAGAGGGAGGAGCUCGGAGGCAUCGAGUACAGGUCGCUGAAGACACUGGCCCUGAUCCUGACGGGCUACUUCUGGAUCUUCGCCGCCAUCGGCGUGAUCGGGCUGGCUCCUUGGAUCGCGGAAUCGGAGAGAUACGGCAAGAUUGUCGACCAGGCCGGCGUGAGCAGGGCCUGGUGGGCCUUCUUCACCGCAAGCUCGGCUUUCAUGGAUCUGGGUUUCACCCUUACGCCCGACAGUAUGAACUCUUUCAACACGGCGGUCUGGCCACUCUUGCUGAUGGCCUUCCUGAUCGUCAUCGGCAAUACCGGCUUCCCCAUCAUGCUCCGCUUCAUCAUCUGGGUGAUGUCGCAUCUCGUCCCGGUCGGGACAGGCGUCUACGAAGAGCUGCGCUUUCUUCUUGAUCACCCUCGUCGGUGCUUCACCUUGCUCUUCCCCUCCGGCGCCACCUGGUGGCUCUUCUGGUUGCUCGUCAUCAUGAAUGGCCUCGAUCUCAUGUUUUUUAUCGUUCUUGACCUCGGCUCGGGGCCGGUUGUUGACCUCCCUGCCGGUCUCAAGGUCCUCAAUGGCCUCUUCGAAGCGGUCUCCACCAGAACCGCGGGUUUCUCUUGCGUCAACCUCGCCGCUCUGCAUCCCGCUGUCCAGUUCUCGUACAUGGUCAUGAUGUACAUCUCCGUCUUUCCCAUCGCCAUCUCGGUCCGUCGCACCAACGUGUACGAGGAGAAGUCGAUUGGCGUGUACAGCACGAGCGACGACGAGGAGCAGCCGGGCCAUUCCGACCUGUCCUACGUGGGGUCCCACUUGCGGCGACAGCUGUCCUUCGACCUGUGGUACAUUGUCCUCGGCUUCUUCAUCCUCAACAUCUCAGAGGGCGAUAAGCUCAUGGCCAACGAGUUCUCCUCCUUCGCCGUCCUCUUCGAAGUCGUCAGCGCCUAUGGCACCGUCGGCCUGUCACUGGGCUAUCCCGGCAUCAACGCAUCGCUCUCCGCCAAGUUCUCCGUCGUCGGCAAGCUGGUCAUCAUCGCAAUGAUGAUCCGCGGCCGCCACCGCGGCCUGCCCUACGCCCUCGACCGCGCCAUCCUCCUGCCCAGCGAGUCCCUCAACGCCCGGGAGGCGGCCGACGCGGACGCUCGCAUGAACAGGAUCCACUCCCACGCCUCGGGCGCCACGGGCGCGCGGGGCUCGAGCCUCGCCCGCCGGCGGAGCAUGACCGUCGACCGCGGCAACAUCAUCGCCUCGCUGCUGCACCCGGGCCCGGCCGUCCCGGCCGAGCCGCCCCUGCCCGAGAUGCACCGCGCGAAGUCGACCGAGCCCCCCGCCGGCAGCGGCGCCCCGGCGGCGGACGACCAGGAGACGUACGCCACGCGGGUCAGCUCGCGCCGCACCGAGCCGGGCGCGUCGCGAAGGGUGGAUUCAGGCCUGCCCACGCAGCGAACGCGCACCGCGUCAGGCGACGACUAAUGGCGGUCUCAGCUCGGCUGAGCACUUUUAAUCGCAUUUUUUUGGGUAAGGCUUUUUUUUUAACCAGAUAGACCUCCGGUUUCAAACUACGGCCAUUUUUUUGGUUCUUAUUGGGAGGACAAAUUUUUGAAUGCCUCAAGAGACCAACUGGGACUCCCCAAAACGGUGGAUUCUUCUUUGUUUUGUCUUUGGAAAGAGA